GGGCGGCGCCCCACGCCAGCUGCAGGGCGCGCCACAUGGGGCGCAGGCACUGCACCUUCGCCCUGCGAGGCAUGGCCAAGGACCCCGCGGUCGAGCUGGGCCUGUGGCGCCUCCCUUCCGCCGACGCCAUCUUCGUCGAGGGGGAAUGCUUCGGGUCUGCCACGGGCCGGGUGUACACGGACGGCAGCCUACCCUACGGCAAGUGUGCCGCCCUGCGGCGCCGAGGCUGGUCUUGCGUGCAGCUGGCCGAGAACGUAACACUCCAGUACGCCUGCUGA